AUGUCGCUGUUCAGCGGAGACAACGAGAUCGGGAACAUCCUGCAACAGGCAGUCAAGCUGAAAUCUGCCCAGAUGAAUGAAAAGCGCAAGACCUACGAGACGAGACCCUUCUUUGUGCAACACACACUGUUCCACGGAGAGAAGGAGGACUUUAAGGCUUGGAGGCAGCUUCCGUUUGAUGAGAAGAAGGUGAUCUCCGAGAGGCUGAAAGAAGAAGGCAAUGACCUCUUCAAGAAGGGAUCCUGGAUGGAUGCAAUAGAGAAGUACGAGGAAGCCGCAUCGCUGGUCCACUACUACUGGAGCACUGAUGCCAACUGGCGGAAGAACAACCGCGGCAUCGAUGACGAUGUCCUGAAGCUAGUGGACGACGUGGGCAGCACGGAAGAGGACGCACAGUGGCAGCGGAAGCACCGCGCCCUGUGCGCACUGAAUCUGGCGGCCUGCAAGCAGAAGUUGGACAAGUUUGACGAGGCCAUCACUGCCUGUGACGUGACUCUCGAGCUCGACCCCAAGAAUGUGAAAGCACUCUAUCGGCGUGCAGAGUCGCGGAUAAGGCCCACGAAGGCAACCGCCUACGACCAUGACCUUGCGAUCAAGGACCUGGCAGUUGCCAAUGCGCUUGAUCCCAGCAACCAGACCAUCGAGCGGCUCUUGACCAGGCUGCGUGCCGAACGCCGGGUGCAAAGAGAAAAGGACUCCAAGACCUACACCGGGCUGUUCGAUCGAGGCCAGAUCUACGACAAGGUGGCUCAGGAGGCGAGGCUUGCGAAAGCUUCAACAAAGACGGGGAGCUCCUUGCUCGCCUCAGGAGCCACCUACGAAGACCUGGAGCAGCGGAUCUCUGAAAUCUCGGAUCAGGAUCCCAUUGACAAGCGCAUUCAAGAUGCGGAGCUCCUCCGAGACCUCUACGUUAGGAACGGCAAGGAAGACGAGGCUCGGCAGCUCAACGACCAGAUCAAGCAGGCCAAGAAGGUCGUGAAGGACAGCGUUGAGCAGCCGAAGAUCGACUGGGCCAACCCCCCGCCAGAGCUGGUGGAGGAUGCCAAAAAGCACGGCCUUGACCUGACGGAUCCCUUAGUUCUCCAAGAGUUGCAGCGCAUGGAACGGGAGGGCUUUGACAAGACGGUGAAUGAAGAGCCGUCAGGUCCAAGCCAACCUCGCAGUUCCGUGGAGGAGGAAGAGGACGACGAGGACUCGGAACCCAUCCCAUGGAAGAGGUACUUCGCCUUCUUCGCUAUCGUGUACGUCUUUUGGUGCUUGGUGGACCUGGCCAUCCUGAAUCUGGCGCCGAAGCGCCCUCGGCCACUGCGUCCUCCGCCGCCUCCCGCUCCACGGCCAGCGCGGCCGGUCUCAGUGGAAGGUCACGCCCGGGCCGAGGAGCCAGUUCUGGAUGUCGAGGCGGUCAUCAUCGAAGAACCGGAUCCCGAAGUCCACCCACCGGAGUUUCCCGAACUUGAUGAGGUGCCGCCGCCACCUUCUCCGGGGUACUUCGCUUCGAUGUAUGAGGCGAUCGCGCCCUGGAUUGUGGGCGAAGCAGAUGAGACGGAGCUUUAG